AUGCGCAGCUUUUAUUUCGCUCUCCUCUUGGCUCCAACCGCCGUCCUUUCAGUUGAGAUCAACAUUAACCCUGGAACCGGAGAGCUAUGCUGCGACCAGGGUACACCAGACAGUUCCGAAUCCUGCAAAGGUUUAGGUUUGAACUCAUACUGUUGUUCCCAAGCUCGGAAUGACAACCGCGGGGGAUGUGAUCCCCCCAGAAUAGAAAUCUUCAACGUCGGGCGCACUGUCACGUCUUUUGUUCAGGGAGGCACUUGUAAAAGGACUGACUCGCAAAAGAAUGUGUAUAAUGCAUUCAUUGGGUGCGCAAAGUGA